AUGAUCCAAGUCCUCAUGGCUCUCAAGUUCCUGUCCCGCGGCUCGAUGAAGGGCGAGAAGGUCGGCAUGGCCAACUCUCUUCGGGCGAGCAUGUCGCCCGGCUCCAUCUUUCGCAUCCUCAUGCGCUUCUUCCAGCUCAUAAUGGGCAUCGUUGUCAUCGGUCUCUACGCGCAGGAUCUCACCCGCGCCCAUAACGCGGGCGUGAAGUACGACUCCAAGUGGAUGUACGCCACCAUCACCGGCACCCUUGCGUCCUUCUGGGCCAUCGUCUGCAUGCUCCCCCUCGUCAAAGCCUGGUUCCUCUUCGGCAUCGACUUCAUCGUCUUCAUCCUGUACAUCGCGGCAUUCGGCAUCUUCGGCAAGAUGUACAUCAACGAGGACCCAGAGGGCAACGGCGGCAUCAUCCGCAUGAAGCACGCCGUUUGGAUCCUGCUCGUGAACAUGCUCCUAUGGUUCACCAGCUUCGUCUAUGGCGCAGUCGUCUUCUGGAAGUACUGGAAGGGUAAGCGAUCUCCCACCAUGGCUGUAUAA